CGCCUCCCCUCGUAGAUGCUGCACACUCGUUGAAUUUUGUUUUAGCCUUACAGCCCGGCUUUCCCUUUCCACUCUGUUGCACUUUAUACUUUACAAGAGAUUCGGAAUUGGAAGCUGUCGCUACCAAAGAAACUGAACAGUCUAAACAGGGAACCCACCCACAGAGGGAAGGACAGUGGAUGGAAGAGAGGGAGAGAGAGUGACGAGGAAGGAGGAUAAGACGUCACAAGAUUCGAUAACGGUGCCAGCGCAUAUCAAGUCCAGGCAGUUCUAACCCUACACCACAUACACCCCCCCCACCCCACGCACACGCACAGACGCGCAGAAGCAUUCACACACGCACACACACACACACACACACAACCGCACACUGUUCAGCACGUCCUCAGCGAUGCCAAGGCGGCCUGCUCUGCCUGCCACCCGCUCUGACAAACCCCGCCCCUUUGCCUGUGACCCCUGAGGCUGCGUCCUCUGAGCCGUGACUUUUUGACCUGCCCCUGUCGCCCUGGGAAGCAGAGGUCAGCUGUCCUCCACUCAGCCAGGGGGCGCCCUCACUCCCGGGCAGGAGCCACAGCCACUCUCCACACUCACAGGCAUGGCUCCCAUUCGGGACUCCGUCAGCUCCUCUCCUAGUCAGACAGGUUUGGAGCAUCCUGGUCUGGACUCACAGUAUGAGCCUUCACCCUGGUCCUCUGGCUCUCCCUGCAGCAGUGACGGCAAUAGCAACUGGGGCAAAGUCCUAGUCGACGGAAAUACAGACAAACCCAACAACCCUUCCUCCACUAACUCGUCUGUCUGGCCCCCUUCUUCCUCAUCUUCCUCAUCCUCCUCAUCUUCCUCCUCUGGCUGUGGGUCAGGAUCAGACCCUGAAUUAGCGUCAGAAUGCAUGGAUGCAGACUCUAGCUCCUCCAGCUGCUCGGAGAAGAACCUUGCCACUGCUGCUGCUACAUCAGUGAUGAUAUCAUCGGCAAAUGCUUCCUCUGCAUCUUCUAUGACUUCCUCCUCCUCUUCUUCAGUGACUUCUGCCAUGAUGGCCGGCCUUUCAGUGAAUGGAGACAGCAAUGGGAACAGCCGGCAGAUCGUUGGCGGAGGGAUGGGAAUCAUUGGCAGUGCAAAUAAUGGGAAUAAUAAUGUCUGCAGCUCACCCCAUAACUCCAUGGCCGGUUCUGGCAAUAUCGGCAGCAAUAAUGUCAUGGGUAACCACAGCAACAGCAGCAACAAGCUUGUCAGUAACAGUGGUGUGUGGGGUGCCCCGCCAGGCAACAACAACAUAACCACUGGUGGCAGCAGCUCCUGUGUCAACGGUGGCUUGAACCCGAGCACUUUGAACCCAAAUGCCAACCACGGUGCCUGGCUCCAGAACCCAACCCCGAACGCGGUGUCCCAGGGCCAACGGCCACCACAGGCCCUGGGAAUUGGCUCUAAACUGGGAAUGGCUCCCCACCAGGGCCCCUUGUUGGGUUGGGGUGGUGUGGCAGCUCCAGACAACAGCAGCAUGAUGGAGGAUACCAAGGUGAACAAUGGUACAGCGAGCAACAAGGUGUUAGGAAGCAGCAACAAUGGAAAUGGUGGCCAGCAGCCUACCAACCUUAACACUGAACCCAAUGGACCAAAUAACACUAUGAUAAUGAAUUCUACUACUACGACUACUAACGCCACAAUGACCUCUAGCCUACCAAACUCUUCCGCCUUGCCCCAGCUUAGCAGGGAUGGGUCAUGGGGCUCCAUUGGAGCAGGAAACGGGAGUCUAUUGGCCAACGGAACCUCUUCUACAAUCCCCCAGCAUGCCCAUGGAGAGCCGGGAGGUCCUGGGUCCUUCAGUACACCUUGGGGCGGCACUACCUACUCCGGAGAUAAAGGCCCCACUAAUGCAGACACUGUGAACCCCCAAAACCCUACCUUAAUGCAGGCUGGGAAGCCCCAGUUUUCCUCUGCUGCUGCUUACAAGAGUAAUAAUAACCACAACAACACUGGGGCCUCACGCUGGGACCAGGGGCUUGCCAACAACCCCAAACCUGCUCAGAGCAGUUUGUCUUGGGGUGCCAGCUCUAAUCAAGUUGCCAGCUCAACAGGCCAAGCUGUAGGUAACGGGAACCCCAACAUGAUGGGCCCUCCCGCAGGGAUACCUCGUCCCUGGGGAAGCAGUGCCUCUUCCUCUUCCUCGUCAUCCUCGUCCUCAUCCUCAUCCAACAAUAAGUUGUCCAACGGGGAAUGGGGCACAAUGCCUCCCAGUAACAAUCAUGGAGAUGCUGGAAGCCGUAAAGGAAGCUGCUCCAACAAUGGCUGGAAGAGUCUAGAGGACGAUGCCUUAGGCAUGGGAGGAGGUGGAAGCCAGGGCCCAGGGAGUGUGAGUGGAAGCUGGGGUCGCUCUGGGGGGAGUGAGGGAAGUGGCGAGAGCUCUGGAGGCCGUUCUGGAUCAGACAGGGACAGCAGCCAGCCGAGAGGGGCAAACCGCCGAAGAGGUCCCCACGGUACAUCGGUGCUCUCCACUCUGGCCCGAGCUGAUGUGGACCCCAGGGUUCUGUCCAACACUGGAUGGGGACAGACACCUGUACGUCAGAACACAGCCUGGGAUGUCAAUUCUCCCUCUACCAGCCACCACCAGGGCCCCAGAGGAGAAGAGAGGAAGCCUAAUAAUGGAGGUUCUGGCUGGGGUACGACAGCCAGUGGAGCCCCUUCCCAGAACUCAAACUCUGGAGGUUGGUGUGACGGACCAGGGAGCUCAGGUCAAGACAUGGGAGGUUCUGGCUGGGGAGAGCAAAGACCGACCUCUGGGUGGGGUGACAGCAAAGGCCCAGGGAGUGGAGGAGGACCCCAGGGAGGCUGGGAUGAUGGAACCAGCUACAAGGGGAACAACAACAGCAACAGCCAUAACACCUGGAACAACAAUAUGAAUAAAGAUGACAGGUCGAACACCUGGACCAAUGCCCCCAAGCAGUCUAAGCAGCAGGGCUGGGGCAACAGUAAUGGAAGUGAUGGUUGGGGCAAUGGAGGGGAUGGCUCCAGAGGAGGGGCGAGCAACCACUGGGUUGAACCUCCAAAAGCUGCUGGGUCGGUGGGCUGGGAAAGCGACAGCGACCGGUCUGGUUCUGGAUGUUGGAGCGAGCCAAGCCGAACCAACACCAGCAGUGGCAACACCUGGGUCGGGAGCGGGGGUUCCAAUACCUCCGACCAAAGCACGCCGAACCUGGGCUCAAACUGGGGCGAACCCAUCCCCAAACCCAACUCUCAGAGCAACAGCCAGAGCUGGGGGGAGCCUCAGUCGAUGAAGUCCAACCAUGGCACCCAGAACUGGGGCGAGACAACUCCUAAACCCUGUAACCCGUCUAACGAGUGGGGGAAGGGUCCUGAAUCAAAUAUGUCAAGAGGCAACCAAGGCCCCAACAAACCCACAGGCUGGUUGGGAGGGCCCAUGCCAACAGCUUGCAUUAAGGAGGAGGCGGCGACGGGGUGGGAGGAGCCUUCUCCCGAGUCCAUCCGUAGGAGGAUGGAGAUUGAUGAUGGGACAGCAGCAUGGGGCGACCCAGGUAAAUACAGCGGGGGAUCUGUCAACAUGUGGAACAAGACCGGCCAGUCAGACCAGGAGGCCAUGGGCAUGGGCCUGCCCUCUCAGCACCAUUCCCACCAGUCGCAGAGCUCGAUGCAUCCUCCUCCUCAGCCUAUGCAGCCUCCGGUCCAGGAGAAGAACAGCAGCCCAGGUUGGGGUGAGCCGUACCCCCAGCAGAAGGAGUCCUCCUCAUGGGGCGAGCCUGCUGCCGGUCCUCCGGUGACGGUGGACAAUGGGACGUCAGCCUGGGGGAAGCCCAUCGACAGUGGCUCCACCUGGGAUAAUUCCAGCAGGGAGUCUGGCUCUGGAUGGGGAGGCCAGCACAAGACUGGUCCCAAGCCCAUGGAGACUUGGUGUGGUGAGGACGUGUCCAUGGGCUCCAGCUGGGACCAGGAGGAGGAGGUAGAGAUUGGCAUGUGGAGUAACACCACCAGCCAGCAGGACAACAGAUCCCAUGACCAGAACACCUGGAACUACAAGAAUAAAGGCCCCAACAAGAUGAACAAGCCAGUCAACAAGCAGGACGAAUCCUGGAUGAAACCAUUCAUCAACCAGUUCAACAACAUGAACUUCCCUAGAGACUCUCCUGAGGACUCCAUGAAGGCUGGAGGAGGGAUGGUGCAGGACAAGCGUAUGGAUGUGGGCGGCAUGGGAGACCUUAACGGGCUGAUGGGGAAGAACCCUGGGUCUCGACACCAGCUCCACAAGGACUCUCCCAUGGAUCGCAGCCCUUACUAUGAUAAGCUGUCCGCUUCCCCUUCUGCUUACGAUAAUCCCGCCUCCGAGGAGCUCUCCUCCAAUCACAGCGCAAGCUUUCCCCCUUCCAACUCUGCUCAGCCUAUCCCCUGUCACCACUCCGGGCAGGUCCCUGCCCACGCUAGCCCAGGGGCUACUAGGCAGAAUGUAAACCCAAUUUUGGGUGUCAAUAGUGUAGCACAGGGCCGUGGCGGCCCCCAGCCCCAGGUCCCCCCCCAACCCAGCCCCCGCAACCAAGUGCCUCCACCCAUCCUUCCCUCUCAGGUUCCUCCAUCCCUGUUGAAGUACCCAGGUGGGAAUGGAGCUCUGAACCCUUUGUUUGGCCCUCAGCAGGUGGCUGUCCUCAACCAACUGACCCAACUCAAUCAUCUGUCACAGCUUAACCAGAUCAACCAGUUACAGCGUCUCCUACUUCAGCAACAGCAGAAAGCUCAGAGCCAGAGAGCCAUGCCUGUGGGACGCCAAAAUGAGACUCGUCCAAUUGGUUCGUCCCCAUCAAUGAUGCAGCUGCCACGGCACCUGGACCCCUCUCUGCUGAAACAGGCUGCGCCUCUCAAACCCUACCUGGACAACUACAUGCCCCACAAUGCGCCUGAGCUGCAGAAGGACCCUGCCACCCUCAGCUCCUUCAGCAAUUUCCCUUUAGGCUUGAACUCUAAUCUGAAUGUAUCCCUGGACAUGGGGGGUGGCAGCAGUGGUGGUGUUGGUAGUGGUGCUGGUGGAGGUAUAAGCUACAAGGAGCCGCCUCAGUCCAGACUGAAGAAACUUUGGGCUACAGACCCUCUAGAGCAGAACAGCAAACCUGGUGCUAUGUCAUCUGGGCUGCGUCUGGAGGACCCUCCUUUCUAUGAUUUCUUGUCUCCUGGCCCCUCCCCCCUGAGUCCUCCUGGCCAAUCAGUGGGCGACAGCUGGCCCCCCCGUGCCAACUCCCCCCCUCCCCAUGGAAACACCAUCACCUGGCCCCCAGAGUUCCGGCCCGGGGAGCCUUGGAAAGGUUACCCCAACAUUGACCCUGAGACUGACCCCUAUGUGACCCCCGGCAGUGUCAUCAACAACCUCUCCAUCAACACCGUCCGUGACACAGACCACCUCAGGGAUAGGAACAACGGGCCAUCCUCAUCAUUAAACACCACGAUGCCUUCUAACAGUGCCUGGUCAUCCAUUCGUGCCUCCAGCCACAGCGGUUCCCUCACCAGUACAGCACAAAGCACUUCAGCCAGACCUAGUGAGUCCAAGUGGUCUCCCGGCAGUGGCUCCGUGUCCAACUCCUCCCUGGCCCAUGAGCUGUGGAAGGUCCCCCUGCCUCCCAAGGCCCUGUCUGUGGCAGCCCCCUCCAGACCCCCGCCUGGCCUCACCGGACAAAAGCCCAGCUCGGCCUCCUCAGCCUGGGAGGGCUCUGCUUUGAGGCUGGGUGGCUGGGGCUCCACUGAGUCCAGAUACACACCUGGUUCUAGUUGGGGCGACAACAGUACCAGCAGCUCAGGGAGAACCCAAUGGCUUGUUCUCAAGAAUCUCACACCUCAGAUCGACGGCUCUACGCUGAGGACCCUGUGCAUGCAGCAUGGUCCUCUGAUCACAUUCCACCUCAACCUGCCGCACGGCAACGCUGUGGUCUGCUACAGCUCCAAGGAUGAGGCCACCAAGGCCCAGAAGAGCCUUCACAUGUGUGUUUUGGGGAACACUACUAUUCUGGCUGAGUUUGCCAGCGAGGAGGAAAUCAACCGUUUCUUUGCACAAGGGCAGUCACUGGCCGCUCCCUCCUCGGGCUGGCAGGCCAUUGGCUCCUCUCAGAGCAGAAUGGAACAGUCCCACCCCUUUCCCAGCCGUGCCCCCGAACCCAACCAAUGGAAUGGCAGCGACCUUCACAGCUCCUCCCUCUGGGGCGGGCCCAACUAUUCCACUAGCCUAUGGGGGAACCCCAGUGGCACCGAGGCCGGGAGGAUCAGCAGCCCUUCUCCAAUCAGCUCUUUCCUCCCGGUGGAUCACCUGACAGGAGGCGGGGACUCCAUGUGAACUGCCUGUCAAUCAAACAGGUCGGGGGAGGGGUCAGUAGAGAAUCAUUAAUAAUCACCAAAAGAAAACAAACAAAAAUAAUUUAAAAACAAAAAAAAAAACCACAAAAAAAAAGUAGUUUAAGAAAGAAAAAAAAAAAGCAAUGGCACUAGUUGGACUUUUUCUCACAAGAUAUUCAAAAACGGGGUGUCCCCUGUGGAAAAUAAGUUACUUUUCUCUCUCUCUGCACAUAUGUCCACUUUGUUUUAGCCCAAAAACAUAUCAGUCGGAAUACUUGAAUCAUGCAGGCCAAUUCUAUAAUGUGAACGAUGGAUAUUCGCUUCCAGGUAGUGCUCUUUCAGACCGAAAAAAAGCUUCAAUCGAGCUCAUUAUAUAUUUUUUGUUUCAUUUAUCAUGUUUAUUUGAAUUCCAAUUCUUUUAUUUUUUUAACGUUUUAUUUUUUUUGUUUAUUUUUUUUUUGUUUAUUUUUUUUUUCUUAUUUUAUUUUUGUUUAUUUUUAUUUUUUUUUGCAUUUGUUUGCUGACAAUGUUGGAGUAUGAGCUUUUUUUAACUUUGCACUGAAUGUGGUUUUUUUCUCAGUAUAUAAUCUGCAAUAUAGAGGGAGCAGCCAGUUUUUCCAGUGUAGCUGUUUACUCAUUGAGGUCCUUACCGUGCGUGUGUGUGUGUGUGCGUGCGUGAGUGUGUGUGCGUGUGUGUGUACGCGCUCCUCUCUGCCUUGGCACGCCUACCUUACUGCGUUGUCGUGGAGAUCAACAGAUAGAUGAAAGAAGAAUUAAAAGCUGAUUUAGGAGGGUUAUCUGACUAUAUGAAAAGUGACAUUAAAAAGUAUUGCACCAAUUUUGUGUUUUAAAACUAAAGAACGUUGAGCUCUGCAGUGCAAAGGACUGUAGCCGCAGCUGGGACUAGCGAGCCCCGCCUGUCCUACUGUAGGGGGGUGGGGCUUAUCUAGCAAGCCCCUCCCACUAUCCCCCUAGUGGGCAGAGGGGGAACAGCACUUUCAGAAUAGGCUUUCAAUGUUGUUUUGGAGGUGCCACACUGCAACCUCUUGUUUACAAGACUUAGGAGGCAGAACGUGUGUUCAUUCUUCCUUCAUUUUAAUGACAAAACGGAAUAAAAAAUGGUAAAAAAAAAUCUACAAAAACAAAAAUAAAAACCACAAAAUCUUUCAAAAAAAAAAAAACAACAUAAAAGUUGAAGAAAAACAGGAUUUAAAAAAAAAAAAAGAAUUUAAACUCUUAUUGAGGAUGAAGACGAUGCUUUGUAACUCUGGGAAUUCGGAUCAGUGUUUUUGGCCAUGGCAUUGGUUAUUUGAACUAUUCCUCUUUUUGUCUGCGAAAUAACCAGCAAUGGUUCUCAGGAAAUCAAGCCAGUUUUCCCCCCUCGUAGUUGAAUUAAAACAAAAAACAAAAAAAAAAAAAAAAAAAAAACUACUACUACUCCUUGUAGGAAAGGAAAAUCCAACUUCUAGCACUGAAGAAUACGUAUAGGUCUGUAAGUUUUUUUCUCUGCCAAAUAACUGCUUUAAGCUGGAGAAACUCAACACACUGCUUUCCAAUAUGCUGUCUUUUGAGAGGGGAUAUGUGAUGUGUGUGUGUGUGUGUGUGUGUGUGUGUG